AGGGAGUUGCCGGCGCCUUUCUGUCACUUCCCGGAGUAACGUUACAUCAAUACCUCCGAUCUUCUUCUCCAAUUCUUCCGACGUCUUCAUCACAGAUCCUCAAAACUCGUUCCUUUAAUCUUGAAUGUUGGCGAAUCUCUAAAUCGUAUCCACUGUCAUGAACACCUUGCUUUCCUUCUCCUCCCCGUCAGCUACUCGUCCUCGAGCAGCUUCUUCAACUUCUAUUGGUUUUCCGGCAUUGUCCGGGGCAGCUUUGACUGCUCCUCCAGCGUUAAAAUGCCUAAAAGCUUUGUCUCCAUCAUGGGAACCGCCGAUUUUGGAGGACCCAUCAAGGGCAAGAACCAGUUCCUUGUAUGCUAUUCCAGUGUGGGCCAAAACCCAUUCAGGUUGCAUUUAAAACAGGUGACUAUCAAAGGCAAGUUAUUUUCUUUGGUUGAUUGACAGAUGGAUUUCUAGCGACUGAAUACUUGGAACCCCUUGCAAUUGCUUUGGAUAAGGAGAAAUGGUCACUUGUUCCACUAUUGAUGUUAUCUUCAUAUGGUGGGUAAGAGUUGAUUUCUUUGUUUUAGCUUGUUCAGUAUCUGAAGAUCAUUUGGAUCUUUUUGGCAUUGUCUUCUUUGCCCCUGUGUCUAGGAUACUGUGCAUUACAUGCCUACAAAUUCUGCAUGUUCCUGAGCAGUUUGCGCUGCCAUUUUGCUGGCUUCAGUUAGUGAUCGGGAACAUAGAAUGACUCUUUCUGAAACAGCUGCUAUGAUUGAUUUGGCUUCAACCAUGAGAAGAGAAGGCCGAGGUUCAGAAUUAAUGCCAAAGGAAGCAGAUCCAUCGGCUGCUAUAUAACUGCCUAUAGGUGGGUGUGCUUCCUACCUUAGCCUAUUCUUCUUGGUUUGUUAACAAGUGCUCCAAUUCUUCUUUGCUUCACAAUCCAAUGUAUUUUUUUUUUAUCUUUUUAACUGUUGAUAGGUUUUUUCUGUCAAUAAUAUCUGUAUUCUUCC